AACCAACGAGAUUGUCUACUGUUGUUAGGGUUUCAACAAAACAGACUCUAUUUCUACUUUCAAACAAUAACACCAACCAUGAGCAAUAAGUUGAAAGUUUCUCACAAGAGUGAUAACACUGAGGAAAUCCACGGAGAAUCUGACGUCUCCAUCGAAAAGUUGGAGGAAAUCCAAGACGAGCUCAAAAAGAUCAAUGAGGAGGCGAUUGACGAAGUUCUUGAAAUCAAGCAGAAGUACAGUGAGGUAAGCAAACCAUUGUAUGAUAAGCGCAACAAUCUUAUCAAUUUUAUUCCUAAUUUUUGGAUAACUGUAUUUUCGAUUCAUCCUGCUCUUAACUCUCUUUUGAACGAAGAAGAUCAUAAAAUAUUCAAGUAUAUAAACUCUCUUGAGGUUGAAGACCAUGAAUAUGUCAAAUCAGGCUAUUCAAUCACUUUUAACUUCAAUCCCAAUCCUUAUUUUGAGGAUACAAAGAUUGUGAAGUCUUUUGCCUUCCUCGGAGAAGGAACAACAAAAGUUACUAAUACACCUAUAAAGUGGAAAGAGGAAAAAGAAAUUCCCAAUGGAAUUAGUCAUGAGAAGAAAGGGAACAAGAUGCCUCAUUAUGAUAUCAGUUUCUUUAGUUGGGUUAGUGAACCUGAGCAGAAAGGUGGUUCGGAUGAGAUUUAUCAUAAUAUUGCAAAUAUGAUCAAGGAUGAUUUAUGGCUAAAUCCUCUUAAGUAUUUCAACAAUGAGGAUUAUGAUGAGGAUGAAGAUGAGUCUUGUGAUGUGGAAAAGGAUGAUAAUAAUGAUGACCAAGACUAUGACGAUAAGGAGGAAAAAUAGUAUAAAAUGCAUGUUCUUGACAUUACCUGGUUUUAUUUAUCUAUUUAUUUAAGGUUAUAGAAGUAUGUUAAUGAAAAACCAAUGUCAAUUGGUGGUUUUCCUCUAAUUGUAAUUUAUUUAUUGCCUUAUGAAGUUAUUUAUGUUUUUUUUUUUGUUUACAAUGAAGCUGAAGAUCGAACCUACGAUCACUAGUAUAAUACAAAACAUCUCGCCACUAAACAAAACACAGUGGCU